CUUACGUCACAAACGUUCUGAAAGUGUAAAUUCGAUAUUCCGUACUUGUCAAAUUGGUCUAUGAUGGCUGGGAUUAAAGUACUUUUGGCAUUCGCUGGAUCUAUUGGUAUGACACUUGUCAUACUUGGCUGUGCAUUACCAACAUAUAAAGUAUGGUGGCCAUUUUUUGUUGUAUUAUUCUAUGUAUUGGCACUAGUACCAACAACAAUUGCACGUCGAUGUACAUAUUAUGCUGGAAAUUCCAAUAAUCCAUGUUUGGAAUUGGCUGUAUUUAUCACUAUGGGAUUUCUUGUAUCAUCCUUCGCUCUUCCUAUUGUAUUAUCAAGAUCUCCAGCUGAUAGUCCAACGAUUCAACCGGGUGCUUGUUACUUGAUUUUAGUAGGUAAUAUCGUUGUCUAUUUAACUCUAGUCGGAUUCUUUGUAACCUUUGAACCAGAAGACAAUGCAUACAGUACGUGGUGAAAAGUAGUACUUCAUUGUUUUAUAUUAUAGUCAAUAUGCUACUAUGUGGUGAUUAAAGUUACAAUUUUUAAUUGCAUAGAGUUUCUUAUAAACUCCUAAAAUACAAUUAGAAGCACAAAUAUAGUAUAUAAAAGGAAUACAAUUUUACAUAUUAUGCUUUAUUAAAUCUAAAGUGUUAAAAGUAAAAGUGAUAAUAAUGAUAAUAAAAUUAUGAUCAAUUAUUUUAAACAUUUAUAAAGUAAUGAUUUUAAUAUAUUUGAAUGUAUGCUAAUAGUUCUUCACAGAUGUUAAAGUAAUGUGAAUGGUCAUUGAAACAUCAAAUUUGAGGAGAUCAUGCUGUUCAAAUUUUUGAUCAGAUAAUGAGAUUGACAAAAUUUAGGAACUGAAUAACACUAGAAUUUUCUCUUCAGGAGAAAACAUAACAUAUUUUAUUAAAUUAUAGUGAUAAAUCUUUUCUUAUUUAUGCAGUUCAAUCGUAUAUGCACUAAAACUAACAAUAGGAAUGGAUUCAUUAAAACUUUUAAAUAAAAUUAAAUCUUAACAAAAUAUUAUAUAGGUAAAAAGUUAUUGUCAUUAUGUAUCAGUUCGAUCAACAAAACAAAUUUCGUGAACCAACUGAAUCCUAUUGCUCUAACUUACUUUUUUUUAGAUAACCGGUCUCCUGAAGGCCAGGGUCCGUGCCUAAAAACGGUGGGAAGUUCAAACAUUUCGCAUAAUUAAAGCUGUGUAUGCUUAAAAAACUAUCACUACCUAAUAAACAAUUAGCUGUUUAACUCAGACCUAUACAUAUAGUACUACGAUAAUACAUAGAUAAAAAUCGUGGGAUUCAGAUAUAUAUAUAUAUAUAUAUAUAUAGUAAUCGAAAAGUUGUAAUGAUAUCAAAUAGCCAAGCGAGUUUUCAUAUUCUGCUUAUUUGUUUUUAUCUACAGAAUGAUUGUUUUGUUAGAUUUCUCGAAAACUGUUACAGUCGAACUAUCCAUUAAAGUUAUAUGUUGUUCUUACCUUCAACACUUUAAAAAUGGCAUUGAUAUUUCGAACUGAAAUAAUAAUUUGCAUUAAUUGAUAUUGAUACUAUGAUAUUGGUUUUCAUGUCGUCGUGCUUGAUAUUUCUGUUAUGGCUUAUCAAUCGACUGAUACUGAAUCAUGUAGAAUCUUUCAUCCCCAAAAUGUUAAAACAAAUGUUAAAAGUACCAUGGUUUAAGUAGAUGAGAGACCGAAAGUAAAGAAAUGACUAUCACACGAGCGUUUUGUGACAUUUUCUACAUUCUACACCAUUCAUUAGUACUUACUAUUGAAGAAGAGGCAUCAGGGGCUCUUGCGUGUUUGUUUUAUAUAUUUGAAAUAAAUAUUACCGUGAUUUAAUACUUAAAAA